GAUCCUUAAUUUCGACAAUCACAGAUGGCCGAGCCCAUUGUAUCAUUUCUUUUGGAAACGAUCGGGCAUUUGUUGAUUGAAGAGGGAAAGUUCUUAAGUGGGGUGACUGAAGAGGCUAAGCAGCUUCAUUCAGAGCUAAAGAUGAUGCGGGCACUAUUAAAAGAUGCUGACGAAAAGCGACAUGAGGCUGAAGUUGUUAAAGAGUGGGUUUCACAGAGCAAAGAUCUAGCUUAUGAAGCUGAAAACAUGGUUGAAACUCACGCUUUCAGGCUUGCAUCAAGACAGAUGGCAAGAGGUACUAGGAAUGUCAUUCGAAGAUACACUUGUAUCGUGAAUGAAUGUUAUAUUCGUCAUAAAGUUGGAUUAGAGAUUCAAAAUCUCAAUGCCAGAGUCUCUAAUCUGAGAAGAUCUUUUCAAGAAUAUGGAAUAAGGGCUGCAACAGAAAGAGAAGAAUCAAGCUCUCGGCAGCAACAAUUGAGGAUGACAUAUUCCUAUGUUGCUGAUGAUGAAGAUUUUGUUGGAUUGGAACACGACAUCGAGAAGCUAAUGCAGGUCCUGGUGAAUGAAGCUGAGUUCUCUGGCUCCUGUGGAGUUGUUUCCAUUUGUGGCAUGGGAGGUUCAGGAAAGACAACUCUUGCACGAAAGCUAUACAACCAUCCUAAUGCAAAGCAUCAUUUUGAUAGUUUUGCGUGGGUUUGUAUAUCCCAACAAUGGCAAACAAGAGAGAUCUUGCAAGGGAUCUUGGUUAGCUUCUUCCCAGAAAGAAGAAGGGAGAUUGAGAAGUGGAGAGAUGAUGAGAUGGUUGGGGAACUUCUUCGAUUCCAGCAGAACGGAAAAUGCCUCGUAGUUCUUGAUGACAUCUGGUCGACUGAUGCAUGGGAAUGCAUCAAAGUUGCAUUUCCAAUCAGAAAUAAGGGCAAGAUAUUGCUCACAAGUCGUAACAAAGAUGUAGCAAUGCGCAUUGGUCCAAAUGGUUUCCACCACGAAUCGAGACUGUUAACCGAUGCUGAAAGCUGGGAGCUGCUCCAAAGAAAGGCAUUGAGAGACAGACCUAUCCAAGGAGAUGGAGAUGUUCACGACUUUGAAGUGUUAGGCCAACAAAUGGUUAAAUUUUGCGGAGGUCUUCCUUUAGCUGUGGUCGUUCUAGGAGGAAUUCUUGCAACAAAACACAGCUUCAAUGAGUGGAAUGUAGUUUACAGAAAUAUCAAGUCCUUCCUAGCAAAAGGAGAAAGCAUCGAACAUCAAGGAAAAGUGCACAAGAUUUUGGGUCUAAGUUACGAUAACUUGCCAUACAAAUUAAAGCCUUGUUUUCUUUACUUAAGUGCAUUCUAUGAAGAUGAAGAAGUGCCCAUAGAGAGAUUAUAUCAGUUGUGGAUGGCUGAAGGGAUGGUCUCUGCAGAAGACCAAAUGGGGGGGGGGGAAUCAAUGAUGGACAUUGCUGAAAGCUACUUGGGAGAGUUGGCCAAACGAUGUAUGGUCCAGGUUCAACAGGUGACGGUAGCAGAUGGGGAGACACUGCGAAGCCCUAGAAAGUUUUGGUCAUGUCACCUUCAUGACCUCAUGAGAGACUUCUGCAUAGCAAAGGCAAGAGAAGAAAAUUUUUUGAAGGUCUUUGGUUAUCAACAUGGGAAUGAAGUCGAGUUGGCCGGUUCCACUUCAUCAUCAACCGGUAACAUUCACAGACACGUGAUUUAUUUGGGUGACCAGGAUGCUUCCAAUUAUGCUCAGGAAGGGGAAACAACGAAGCAUCUUCGAACGCUUCUGUUUUGUGCCACGAAACAUGGAAGUAUGACAGCACAAUUGGCAGAGUCCCAAAUGAAUAUGUUCAAGAUGCUAAGAUCUUUGACAAUUCAAGGCGUCAACAGUCCAGGCCUAGAAAACAGUAAAAAUAGUCCCAAGUUACCGAUAGGUCAUCUCAUUCACUUGAGAUACCUGAGUUUGAGAAGUUCCAAAUUUGUCAUGUCACCCUCGUCCAUAAGCCGCCUGGAACACUUGGAAACUCUUGAUUUAUCUAAUGCCAAAAUAGUAUGGACGAGAAAUGUGCCAUUAAGGAUGCUGCGACUGAGGAGCUACGUGAAUAUAGGGGAGAAUUGGAAGGUAUAGAAGAAAUCAUCAACUGCGUAUCACAUUCACACAAGCUAAAUCAUGUAAAUAUCUGGACUCCAUUUAUUCCUGAAUUUUUCGGCCUAGAAAAGGGAUUAGCACUUCUGAGGCAAUUGUUCCGCAGCAAUCUCCAAUGUCUACGGCUAGAAGGACCUUUAAGAAAGUUACCUGAGUAUGAAUCCAACUUCUUCGGAAACCUAUUGGAACUGCAGUUAAG